CGUGUCAUAGCAAUGUGCUCAUUUGACAAUCAGAAACAGCGCUGGUAAUGAAACAAAACUGUCUACGCCUUGAAUUGCGUUCAGCAAGUUGACGAAAUCAACAAAUGUACAAAUUACAUCUCACUGCACUCAUAAUGGAGUGAAGUACAUAGGUAAUUGAACUUUCCGUGGUGGAAGUUCGAUAGUAAGUUUGCGGUAAUCAUGUAAUGAUGAUCUCUACAUGCGUUAGGGUAUAGUUCUGAAAAGAACCGUUGGUUUCAACUAGACGAAGUAUACUCUGAUGGUCUUCUGAAGAAAGCAUAAUGGAGUCCCUCAGCACCUAUUUAAAUAUCCGGCUUUUGCUGGUAUUCGCCUCUACAUUUCUUAUUGCUGUUUGGUUCUUACGUUGGCGGUCUCUCCACCGUGGUCUACCACCUUCUCCUUGGUACAUCCCACUCAUUGGAAGCCCACAGCUGUUCAGCUCCUCUAUGCAUUUAGACCUGACUGAAACUGGGUAUAAGUACGGAGGGAUGUAUACCCUACACGCUGGGUUGAUGCCUCUUGUUGUUCUUAGUGAUCUGCACGUCAUCAAGGAAGCUUUGGGGAAACAAGGGGAGUAUUUCAAUGACAGAAUGGAUCUCCAAAGUGCCAGCAAGAUACUUAAACUAGAAGGUAGUAUACUGUUUUCCAGCGGACGGCAGUGGUCUGCACGCCGCCGUGUUGCUCUCAUGUCACUGCGUAACUUCGGCAUGGGCAAACGUAGUCUGGAAUCAUCUAUCAAUGAGGAAGCAAGGUAUCUAUGUGAUGCUUUGGGCGACCACGAAGGGAAAAAUGUUGAUCCAUUACAUCUGAUUAACAAUGCUGUAUCUAAUAUCAUAUGUAGUAUCAGCUAUGGGCAGCGUUAUGACUACAACGACCCUGCAUUCAAACAUCUCUUAGCCAAUAUGGAAGUCAUCUUUAGAGCUUCAGUUAUGAGUCUUGUCGUUUGGGGAUUCCCACUUAUGUCAUACUUCAAUCACUUCAAGAGAUUAAACACGGCCUUGGAGAACCUGGCUGAUUUCAGCAAGAAGAUGGUGGAAGCACACCGUGUGACCUUCGACCCCGACAACAUCCGUGACGUCAUUGAUGCCUUUAUACUUGAGGGCGGGAAGCACAAGGAGGAUGAUUUGAAGGAGGUGUUUCGGGAUGAUCUGAUCUGGCGAGCGAUUCAUGAUAUGUUUGCAGCGGGGACAGAUACGACCACUAAUACUAUGCUGUGGCUUAUUAUUUUGAUGAUGGAGUUCCCGCAUGUACAAGCUAAGGUACAGCAAGAAGUCGAUGACGUCAUCGGUCAGGCUCGCGUACCGUCGCUGUCCGAUCGUCCAUCCAUGCCAUACACAGAGGCAACACUCAUGGAGAUACAGCGCUACCGAACGGUGGCGCCCUACCUCCCACCGAGGGUGCUAUACAGUGAUAUCAAAUUCCGUGGUUUCCAUAUUCCUAAGGGGACACAGGUUUGGGUGAAUCUGUGGACUGUACUUCAUGAUCCAGCGCACUGGACCAAUCCAGAGUGUUUCGACCCAACGCGGUUUCUAUCUGAAGAUGGCUCACGUGUAAUUGUGCCAGACGCCUUCAUACCAUUUGGAAUAGGGAGACGUAGUUGCAUUGGGGAGCAACUUGCCAGGAUGGAACUCUUCAUCUUCUUCACAAACUUCAUGCAAAGAUUUACCUUCUCACGUGUUGGAGAUGACCCCGAAGAUCGUCCGGGUAUACUCGGUAUGACAUAUGCACCUCAGCCAUAUAAGACACGAGUUACAAAGCGUUGCAUUGGUCCAUACAUCAAAUCCCCUUGUGCUGGGGACAUCGACAGAGGUCUACGAACUGUGUUCUUUCACACACACACACAGACACCCCGGCUAACCUUUUUAUCAGAGAAAAACAGUACUUUCCACAAACGCGUUGACUUUAUCAGGGAAUACAGCAAUCUCGUAUUAAGUACAGAUAUGUAUCUCAACUUCUCUUUACCAGUAAGUACUUUCACUGGUAUUUUGCAAUAUGGUGAACUUCUACCAUAUGCACUGGUAUUUAUAACCACUUAUCUACUAGUCUCGUCAUUUAUAAAUCAACCUGGCCGUACGUCUACACUACCUCCGGGACCAUGGCAUAUGCCAUUCAUUGGAAGCUUUCAGUUAUUCACCACGGCAUCUCAUAUUGAAGUGACUAAGCUGUGCAGCAGGUUCGGCAAGAUGUUCACACUGUACAUAGGAUCUGAUCCUCUGAUUGUGUUGAAUGACUUGCAUGUGAUUAAAGAUGCACUCGUGAAACACGCUGAUGUUUUCUCUGAUCGAGCAUCAUUCAAACCGAUUGAAAGAACCGUCAAAAUUAAAGGAAGUUUAGUCUUUGAGAAUGGCACUGCAUGGAAAGCAAGACGCUGCGUUGUGUUGAAAGCCUUACACGAUCUUACCGGUAACCAGGGUAAUCUGCAACAAGACAUCAACAAAGAAGUUGGUUUUAUUUGUCAAGAAAUUGAAAAAUUGAACGGACAACCCUUCGAUCCAUCCAGUUUGAUAUCAAUAGCUGCAUCCAACAUUAUUUGCUCUAUGAGUUACGGUCGACGUUUCAGCUAUGAUAAUCAGAACUUCAAAAAAAUAUUGACCAACAUCGACAAGGUUCUACAUUGCUCCUUCGUUGAAACAUUCCUAAGAACCAUUCCGAUCAUCUCAUCACUCCCAGGCAUUAAUGGAUUCCGUAAAGCAAUGGCAGAGAUUCUGGAUUUUAAUCUAGAUAUUGUUAAAGAACAUAAAGCAACGUUUAAGUCAGGAGUCACCCGUGACGUCAUAGACGCCAUGUUGAUUGAGGCACAGAAGGAGCAGGAAGGCACCGAGUUAGUGUUCGCUGAUGAAUUAAUAGCAAGGUCAUUAUUUGACUUUUUCGGUGCUGGGACAGAUACGACUAUAAACACUUUACGCUGGGCGUUGCUAUUGAUAACACAGUCCCCCAACAUCCAAGCCAAGGUGCAGCAAGAGAUUGAUGACAUCAUAGUUGGGAGUAAAACCCCAUCCAUGGACGAUCAGCGCUCAAUGCCGUUCACAAUGGCCACUAUAAUGGAGAUUCAACGUUACAGGGUAGCUUCACCGUUCGUACCACCACGAUGUACAAACCAAGAUGUUAACAUUCAAGGCACCCAUAUCCCAAAAGGUACCCAGAUAUGGGUGAAUCUGUGGGCGGUGUUACACGACCCCAUGUUAUGGGUAAACCCAGGAUCUUUUGACCCUACUCGAUUUCUAGCAGAUAAUGGGAAGCGUGUGGUUGUGCCUGAGGCAUUCAUACCUUUCGGAGCAGGUCGUCGAAUCUGCCUUGGGAAAAAGCUAUCAAGUAUGCAGAUAUUCAUCUUCUUCACUAAUAUUUUGCAGAAGUUUACUUUAUCCUGGCCUUCGCAAGCUGGUCAACCCGACCUCCGCGGUGAACUUGGUCUUACAUUGGCGCCAACGAGCUACACUAUUCGUGCUCAAAGUAGACUCAGUCAAAAACCUAUAGGUUCCUAGACUGGUCCCCUGUCUUAAAGACAGGUGUUGGUUUUAUACAGACCCAGUGGACGGAUUCAUUGGAUACAAUGGUUUUAUUGGAUGAAUGUGCAGUGACGUAUAUAAAGCUUCCCGUAGUGUUUUGAUUGGUCCGAGUUGAUGUUUGUCAUCAAUUGCAGUUUUAGUCGUCUGCAUGCAGCGUGCGUAAUGUUUAUGUGUAACUGUGAACAUAAUAUGCAUGUAAUUUUGUUUGUACAUGUGAGUUUGUAUACACAUUGUUAGCUGUUUAUACAUAUGUGUACAUAUGGACACGUGUGUGCAUAUGUACACAUGUAUACAUGUACGUAGGAUUUGACUAAAAAUCUCCACAUGAAAUGAAUGCGAGGUCAAACGUGAUUUUGGAACGGGAUUGACUAGUCUCAUGGCUGGUAUCCGGCGUAAUUUAUUUUAGCCUAGAAUUAAUACGUCGUGUGUUUAGGCUACCAAUGACUCUUUUUGUGCUAUUUCCCGACGUUUCCAAAUGGCUCAAUUCCACCUACAAAUGGCGCACCGGAUAGUGGGCAAAGCUGUGUGUUGAGUGAGUGUGACGCCAUUUUCGGUCCAAAUGUAACACAACCAUGCGGCCAUGUAUUGAAUGGGAAGUGACUUCUUAUUUUCGAAGUUUCAAAACUGAAAACUUACGUAUAGUCUCUCACCUGUGCCCAAAGUAUGCUGAUUAUGCAGAAAAUUGCUUGACACAUUAAUUUCUGCAAAGCAUUUAAUUAGAGGGAUACAUUGUACUUGUCAUGAUGUCCGUAUCCGUGGCACGCCUAAAGUUUCGCUACUUCCUGCUCAAAAGCUGGCCUAUGUUUUUGUGUAAUUUUACAAACAAUCACAAUUUCCAAUGUUUUAAUUCAUUUAUUUUGUAUGACCAUUAUUCCAAAGCACUGCGGAGCUCUACCUUGUCAUUAGAACGUUAAUUACGGAACAGGCGCCAUUUCAGUGGGCAAAGUUUUUGUUUUAGCAUUGAAAGCAAAUGCUCAUUGACUGAAUUGAUAUAUUGUUGCAUUGAAAUAUCUGCUUACUAAAAUGGCGUCCCAUGCACAUACAGCUUGCAACUUACGAUCUUUGAUAAAGAUCAUAGGCUUGCUCAUGUUGAAUUAAACACGGUGAAUUAAAGUACGUCGUGCAUCAUGCAAAUAAAAUAAGACUUUACAAAUACAAAGCAAACCUUUAAAAAAAUACAACAGCUAUGCAUACAUAUCAGAAAAUUAAAUUAUUGUUUGUUUGCGCUGUAUGCUUUUUAACUUUAUACUAUUUUCGUUGUCAUCAGCUUAAGCUGAAAACAUUUGAAGGAACAUUACAGAAUUGGUUUUGCAAAAACAGUUCUGACAGUGUUAGCAAUUUAUGUAAUCCACCAUAUACAUAAACUGACAAACCUGUUGAAGUUUGACAAGAAAAUAGGGUCACAAGAAAA